AUGUCAUUCUCUUUAUCUAGAGAUAAAGGUAAAUUUGAAUGGGCAAGUGAUGAUUUAUGGUCACUGUUCUGUCAAGGAUCGAAUAUCUUCAAGCCUCGUGUAUAUAGAAUGAUUUGGGAUAUAUUGCGGUUCAACUUAUUUGCAAUUGAUUUCCUUUCUGACAAGGGUGAAAUACACAGUAUGAGUAUAGGAGAAUAUCUAGACAAACAAGGAUAUAGUCAAGCUUUCAAAGAGGAUUACCUGUUGCCAUUGACAGCUGGGAUAUGGUCAAUACCACCCGAAAAAGUAGCACUUGAUUUUCCAGCUUUUGCUUUGAUUCGAUUUUUCCAUAAUCAUCAAAUGUUACAAUUAUGGGGUAAACCUUCUUGGUUGACUAUAAAAGGUGGAUCCAAAACAUACGUAGAUCACAUCAUAUCUCAAAUACACCCGUCCAGACUCCACUUGAAAACGGGUAUACAGUCAAUUACACCUAUUGAGAAUGGCGUUCUGCUGAGCACGGAAAUGGGCAAAGAGCAACUCUUUGACAAGGUGAUCAUCGCAACACAUACAGAUCAAGCCGUCCAGUUGCUUGGAUCGAACAUUUCUCCUGAAGAAAAAACACUCUUGGGAGGUUGUCAAUGGAGUGCUAAUGAAGCUGUGGUUCAUUAUGACGAGAACUUGAUGCCAAUUCGAAAGAAAGCUUGGACAGCUUGGAACUACUUAACUUCGACUGCACCCCUCUCGGGCGAUCUUGAAACCAAAACUUCUGCGUCAGAUGUCAACUCGAUUUCGAUAACAUUCAACUUGAACAUCUUACAAUCACUCCCAAUCUCCAAACAUGGUCAAGUAUUCGUAACACUCAAUCCACCCAUCCCACCUGAUCCGAAAAAGACAAUUUCCAAAUGGAUAUAUCAUCAUCCUGAAUUAACUCCUUCUUUAAUCAAUCUACAGAGAUCUCUUGGCAAUAUUCAAGGUAAAAGAAAUAUUUACUUUGUUGGAGCUUGGACAGGUUAUGGAUUUCAUGAAGAUGGUUGGAGAUCAGCUAUGGAAAUUAUCAAUAGACCGGAAUUCCAUUUAUCCCCAAACACGAAAAUAAACAUGUCAAACCCAAUGUCAAAAUCAGAAGAAUUGGAAUCCGAGUCAAAGACAAAGGCGAAAACAAUUCCUCAACCAAAGCAAGAUGGACUAGAGAUCUUAUAUGUUGAUGAAAGGAAUAUACAUUCGACUAUCUUGGAAAAGCUCUUGAGAAGUUUGGUGGGACUGAUAGAUUCAACUGUUAAACAAUUGGUGGUUUGGGUACUUUGGUUGAUAACCCUUUCGUUAUCCUGCAUUGGUUUCAUUUUGGGUGAUGAUCAACUCAAGAAGAAUAAGUGUUGA